UAAAUUGCUCUCGUAAUAAAAAAGAAAUAUACAGGAUGACAGAAAAUAUAAACAAUCCAUACAAUAUUAAUGGGCAGCAUUUCAAUUCCGAUAUGUACUUUCAAAAACUGUUAAAGGAAUGUACAUUGAAGCAAAUUAUGGAUCAUGAAGCUGAGAUCAUAAGAAAUACUCAAACUUUGCAUUCAGACAUGCAAACUUUAGUAUAUGAAAAUUAUAAUAAGUUUAUAUCUGCCACUGAUACUAUCCGCAAGAUGAAAACAGAUUUCAAAGAAAUGGAGGAUAGCAUGGAUUUAUUGGCAAAAAAUAUGGAUAGUAUCACUUCCUUCUCAGAACAGAUCUCUACAACAUUGCAUGGAACCAGACAACAAAUUGCAAAAUUGUCCUCUGUACAUACUUUGUUAAGGAAACUUCAGUUUCUUUUCAAGCUGCCUGGUAAUCUCAAAGAGAGAAUGAAUGAAGAGAAUUAUGCACAGGCAGUUAAAGACUAUGUCCAUGCACAAAGAGUACUGAAUCAAUAUGGCAAUAUGCCAUCAUUCCAAGGCAUUCAAAAGGAUUGCGAGGACAUUUUAGAGGAACUAAAAUCCAAACUGAGACAGCAAUUUCACAAAAGGGAUGCUUCCACUAAGGCUCUAGCAGAGAACGUCGACCUACUGCUGCAAUUGAAGGAACCAGUCGACUCUUUAUGUACUGAAUUCCUUGUACACGCUGAAGGAAGAUUGACAGAGCAAUUGGAAAUGCUGAAAGACACGUGUGAGAAAGAUAUCAUUGAGUUCGUGGAUAUGGCGAAUUCGGGAUUUCUCAAUGAUUUGUGCCUCAUUGUAUCUUCUUACAACGAUAUGUUUAUAAAUUUAUCACUGGAAGACAACGAUUUGACUGAAGAUUUUGAUACGAAAGCUGUUAGUCACGUGAAUAAUUUUGUUGUGAGGAACAUGACGAAGUACUUCGAUUUGGUAGGCAAAAGGGUGGAAGAUGUGGCAGAUACAGCGAUCUUGGUGAGAGCCCUUGAUCGCUUUCAUCGAAAACUACAAGCGAUGAAUAUGUUGUACAAAGACAUGGACUUUGCCAAAAUCGGGACUGAUAUCGUCGUGAAUGCCGGUCGUAAGCAAUGUCGUAGCCAUUUGCACUGCCUGAAGCAACACUUAAGUGAGACUUUGGCCAAGGUCAGACAAACCUUGGCCACUAAAGUCAUGCAGGAUAGUGACGGUGGUCUGGCGGAGCUUCAGGGUAUACUCAUCAUGCCUACCAUAGAAAAAGUCAAAGGAGUCCUGCAAGAUUUAUUGGUCUUUUUGCAGCCCGACUUAUCGUUUAGCUUAAAGAAUCAAUUUCUACAGAGCUUCUGCGUGGACGAAGUGAGAGAGGGAUUAGUCGUAGGUUUUCUACAUCAUCUCACGAUUACGGCUGCUGGAUUCUGCAACGGAUCCGACGUGCCGAAGUUUCCACCUACUCUUUUGCUUCUGCUCAGCAAGAUGUGCAUCGAAUACAAGGAGAACAACGUGCGAUACUUGCUCACGACAACGGACGAGCUCUUCAGCAUCGAACAGUAUACAUCGUCGGAGAACAUUGUCACCACAGGGUCGGAGAUGUGUGACUGCUUUCAGAGUGCAGCGCAGAACCUACUGAACCACUACGUGCGAAUUCAAGGUCUAACAGUGUCGCAAAUGUUGAGAAAGUCCGUAGAGACGAGAGAUUGGUUGAACACGAUCGAACCUAGAAACGUGAGAGCUGUGAUGAAAAGGGUGGUUGAGGAUGUGACGGCGAUCGAUUCACAGGUCGCCGCUUUGUACUAUGACAAUGAAGGUCAAGUUGACCGGAGUAGCGACAGCAGCAGAAAAACUCAUAGUGUCAGCGUAUCGAGGCAUCACUACAGAUCCAAUUGGUCGUCGUAUACGCCCAGUCACAUAGAUUCCUCGCUGGCGACGAAUAUCCAUAAGUUAUUCUCUGAACGGAUCGAGAUCUUCUCAUCUGUGAAGUUCAACAAGGCGUCUAUUUUGACUGGUAUCAUCAAAAUAAGCCUAAAGACUUUCCUCGAAUGUGUGAGGCUGCGGACAUUCAGCAAGUACGGUUUGCAACAGAUCCAAGUGGAUACACAUUAUCUGCAGCUUUACCUCUGGAGAUUUGUUUCGGACGAGAAUGUGGUGCAUUGUUUGCUGGAUGAAAUUCUGAGCAGUGCAGUGCACCGAUGUCUGGAACCAGUCCUAAUGGAGCCCAGUGUGGUGGAUAUUAUUUGCGAAGGAGGCUAGACUAUUAUGUAUAUACGAUUAUAAAUUAUAAAUAAUUUUUAAAUUAUUCCCUAAUAAGAAACUAAUUUUUAAAUUGAUGUUAUUGUAAGCAGCAUGAAUUAAUCACUACUUGCUAUAACCAAGACAAGUACGUUUG